AGGGAGCAGCCUGCCAGCACCCAGCACUCCUGUUUGCCCCUUUCUGCAGCUGCCAGCAGCGUUUCCCUGAGCUCCCCUGCAGCCUGCCCCCGCCGCAGCCGCUCCGGAGAGAUCGAGCUGAGGACAAGCGGGUGCUUUGCCUGGCAGGCGCUGCCUCGGCAGGCAGAAGCCGCUUGGCUCCUUCCCGAGGAAGCCGGGGCAGCGGAGGAUGCUCGCGGCGGUCCCCAGCCGCGGGGAUGCGGGGUUGCUAGGAGGCAGGUGAAGGUGACGGGGACAGCGCUGCGGAGCACCGCAGGCCCAGAUCCGCAUGUCCGACCAGAGCAGCAGCGAUGAUGGGGAGUCUGACCCCCAGCACAGUCUGUCCAUGGUCUUCCUCCUCGUCCUCGUCUUCUUCAUCAUGGGGCUGGUAGGAUUCCUGAUCUGCCAUGUCCUGAAGAAGAAGGGCUACCGGUGCCGGACUUUCCGGGACGAGCUCGACCCAGAUAACAAGGACGUGCUGGCGGAGCUCCAGGCCAAUGAAGAGGAGGAGCUGAAUGAGGACACUGUGGAGAAGAUCGUGAGAUGCAUCAUCCAAAAUGAAGCCAAUGCCGAGGCCCUCAAAGAGAUGCUGGGGGACAAUGAAGGGGACAUCCCAGUGCCAGUGCCCAGCCUUUGUCCCCACCGCAACAGCCAGGACGGGGGCCCACCACACCACCACACGGUGCAUCUGGGCUCCACACAGGCCCCCUGCAUCCACUGCAGCAAGAGGAAGAGGCACCCGCUGCACCGGCAAGGAAGGUCCAAGGAUGGCAAAGGCAGGAUGCAUCCUGGAGAGACCACCGUCUUCUCAGUGGGCAGGUUUCGCGUCACGCACAUUGGGAAGAAGCCCGCCUUCCCCGAGCAGCAGGACGGCGCCCAGCCCGACGGCAGCAGGGAGCUGAGCACGGAGGAGCUGGAGCACAGCAGCGAGCGGCUGCGGCGGGAGCGGGCUCGCAACGGGACUGUCCCCACGGGUGGCCUGGAGAACGGGGCCGUCCAGGGGGGAGCAAAAAGCGCGGAGCUGAGCCGCUCCAGCACCCCAGCUCCAAACACGCCCGGCAGCCGGGACGGCAGAGCGGCGGGCAGGGUGGGCAGCUCUCCCGGGAGCACAAGUCACCAGCGGAGGCACCUGAGCCAUCGGGAUCUGGGAGGGUCAAGCCCCAGCAUCCCGGGGCAGCUGGGGCAGGAAGGAGGGCAGAGAGGCAGCAUCUGCCAGGAGGAGGCUGGACUGGGGUCAGCAGAUGAGGUGUCGGAUAUUCACGGGAGCCUGAGCCUACACGAAGGGGCGGAGGAGCUGGGAAGGGAGGAGAGCAGCAGAAGACAGCCUGCAGCAGAGGCCAUGGGGCAGCAGGAGCCCAGCACCAUGGUACAGGACCGAGGAGCCACCGUGUGACCUCCUCUCCACUCCCGGCCAGAGCAGCCGACGGGAGGCACGGGGCCCCCGGCCCCACACCGGGCUGGGGGCUCUACCGCGGGGGGCAACCGGCCCCGGUCCCAGCCUGGGCGAGCAGCUUGGCAUGGCCAGAGCGACGCGCGGACAUUACAGACCUCAUCCCAUCAGCAAUAGCUACCCAACUCCCACCCACCACCAACACCCCCCAUCCCAGGGGUCCCCCCAGCCUGGCACAAGUGGGGACCCCCCCCAGUACCCCGCAGCCACCCGGUCCCUGCACCCCCCAGAAGGAUUCUGUAGGGAUGCCGCAGGGGCAGUGGCACCAGCUCGAGCCCCCCGCAUCCCCAAACUCACUGCAGAGCACAGCCCUGGCGGUGCCACCAAGCAGGAUGUGGCGCAGCACCCGCCGGCACAAAGCCCCCAGUGCCACCGGGGAGGGACAGCGCAGCGCCCGGGGGACGCUGAUGGAGAUGGGAGCCUCCAGCCCUGCCCUGGCACAGGGCAACCCGGCCCCCAAGGCGAGCUUUGGUGUUAAAGUGCACUGUAAAUAGACGAGCUAAAACCAUUAAAGCUGCUGAACACA